AUGUCUUCCCCUGACCACGAAGCUGCAUCUCCGAACUCUUCAGAUGAAGAGCAGCAAGGACCAGUCAGACCCGUAACACGAACGAAUGCUUCAUCCUUCGCUGCCCCGACCAGAGCAUCUGAAGCGAAGAAGAACGAGAAGAUCGAACUUGCUCAGUAUGGGAAGAGGGGGGCGUCGACGAAGGAACCGUCGAGCCGGCCAGGUAGUGCGAUGCGGCAGCAUUCGUCGACUGGGUUUGGUAGUAGACCGCAGAGUCGUCAGCGGUGGGGGGCUGGUACGCCUACGCGGGAUGGAGAUGAUGAUGAGGUAGAUGAUGUUGAUGCUGAUGUUGACAUUGAUGAGGAGGACGCAGAUGACGAUGAGGAACACGUCGACGAUGACGACUCUAGUCAGUUUGAUAGCGACGUGGAACACGAGAGAUGCGCAGAGGAAGAAGAAGAAGAAGAAGAAGCACCGCCUAUCCUAGAAGGGGAAGGGCUGGAAGGAAAGCCGCUAGAGAAGGAGGAUCUAGGAGAAAAUAAGCCAGAAGAGGAAGAGCUCGAAGAGCAAGCACAAGAGCAAGUAUCAGAGCCCGAAGAAGAGUUGACAAUACAGGAACAGGAGCAAUCGUAUGACUUAGAAGAUCUCUUAGCCCAGGAAGAGCCACAGGUGUAUCACGUUGAGAAUUCCAGUACUGAUGUUCAGGAAUCACAACAACGGGAAUCACCCUUGACGCAAGACGAUAUGGCUCCAGUAUCACAAGAAGAUCAUGUCGAGAAUGUGGAAAGCCAGACCGCGGCAUCUCAAGACCAGAUCGAAAGCGUAUCGCCGCACGGCAAUGAAGAAAAGCCUAUCGUUCCGCCCGAAAUCAUUGCAGAGAUACAAGACCUCCAGAUCAAACGUCAACAAGUGGAAGAAGAGCGCGACGAGGCAAUGAGACAGCGUGAAACCGUACUACAAGAGUUGCAAACCGUCAAAGAAGAAGCGUCGAACCUAAAGAAACAGUACGAGAAGCUAUCUGUCCAACUUCGCGAGAGCGAAGCCAAGAUUGCAGCGCGCAACGCACGCGAACCUGGAUUACCUCCUCUUGAAGAGGUGGAAGCGGAGAACAAAAAGCUUCGAGCAUCGGUCGAGCGGACGCGGUUGGAGCUCGCGGCGAAGAAAACAGAGGCAGAAGAUGCGACUGCUGCCUGCAAGUCGUUUGAUGACUCACUGAGAGAAGUGGACGAGAAGUUGAAGAACAACCAGGAGUCUAUCCGCACACUCUGCGAAGUUGUCAACCAAGUGGCCGAAAACUUGCCACGGAUCUCGAAAUGCGAGGCCAAAGAGCUCGAUGCAGUUUUCUUGAGUCUUUCGCAAGAUGAUGAGACUGGAAAACUGCGAGGUGAAUUCCUAAAACUGAUCAAAAACUUCAAUGGAAACUCUAAAGAGUUGAGGGAGCAGAUCGAAGAUUUGAAUCGUGAGCUAGCGGAGAAAGAAUACGAGAUUAAUAGUUUGGGAAAGACCAUCGAAAUCGAGAGGAAGGGGUUGUUGAGCCCCGGUCUACCAAGUCCGCAUCCCAUGCAAACUGGUAAGAAUGAAUGGGAACAGUACUACGAACGGGAGAAAAAGAAGCGCCGUGAUGCAGAGUCGGAGCUCGCCAAAGCAAAGAAACAGCUGUCACAACUCCAGCCCGAGAAUGAAAAACUACAAUCAGACCUUACCAAAGCGGAAGAAGAGCUCGCAGAGCUUCGCCCCAAAAACGACCAGUUGGAACUGGAGGCCAAGACCUGGAAGGAAGAACUUGAACAAAACAAGACCCAAUUCGAACAAUGCAGCCUCGCGUUCGAAGCCAACAUGUCCGAGCAACAGCUGGAGAACUUCCGAUACAUCCGGGACUACUACCAAAAAGUCAAAGAUCACGCCCAUUGGGAAGUCCAAGGCCUCCAACAAAAGCUCUCAGUAGCAGACCAAGUAAAGGAGGCACUAAAACGAGACUACAAGCGCGAACAAGGCGUUAAUACGCGCUUGGAAGAUGCGGUGAUUAGACUGAGGAAGAGCGUCAAAGCCCGGGAUAUUCAUAUCGGAAAAACGGAACAAGCGUUCAUGCGCGAAGCACCGUUUCCUAUCCGUUCACCUAGUACCUCUGGUAGCCGCACACCUGAUAGCGAUACCUCAUCGUCUACGUCCCCUUCUUCGAUAUCGGACUGGACUCAUCCACUCGAACGCGUCAAGAGGCCUCCGCUCAUACCACGCUGCCACCUCCCCGCCGCCAUCCAAGCGCGCGAAGCCAGACUAGACACGUAUAAACAAGAACUUGAGGAAGCGCGAGAAGUAGAGAUCUUCAAGGCCAGUGUCAAACCUCGCGGAUCGACAGCCAGGGGUGGAACUAUUGCGACCGACAUCAUGGACCAAGUGCGGAAAUCCGGCAUGGGGUCUUUGUAUCCGGUUGAGAAGACGGGGUGGUUAGAUACGAGCUGGAAGGGUGCGUGGGAGAGGUGGGAUGGGAAUUACUGGGCGAUGGAAUUUGCGAAGGGGAAGCAGGUAGACUUUUUGAAGAAGGUGGGGGUUUGGCGGGAGGAUUGGAAUUAG